UCAGACUGAAAGGAAACGUCCGCUUCGCAUCAGCGGCAGCGGCAAAGGAAGACUCUGCUUCAGCUUCCCCGGGCUUGACAUUCAUUCAUGGCAGCGACCAUGAUUGGGAUGACCGCUCUUGGCUUCCACAACACCCAUCGACCACUCCUCCUCCACUCGGCUCUCCCCCGCGCCACGUCGCCGCCGGUUCCCCGCUUCUGCACGCUUCCGCGAUGCCGAUGCCAAAGCAGCUCCUCUUCUUCCUGCGGCUGCUCUGCCCGUGCCACAAGGGCACUCCCUCCCAGCUCCGCGGCUUUCAUGGCGUCGCCUCCCCACAAUGCCGCCCUUGGCCACCGCCUGAUCGCCCCCAACUCCACCGCCGGCACCGGAGACGCCGCCGCCGCCGCCCCUCCUCCGGGAGGAAUCCUGCCCAGCGUUGUCGGUGUGGCUCACCUGGCGGUGUCGCUGGGGAUCGUGCUGGCGACGGACAAGUACCUGAAGCAGGCGUUCGCGGCGGCGGCCAUCAAGUUCCCCAGCGCGCUCUUCGGCAUGUUCUGCGUCUUCUCCGUGCUCCUCGUCCUCGACACCCUCGCCCCUUCCCUCGCCAAAGGCUUCAUGGAUUUCUUCGAACCCGCCACGCUCUUCAUCCAGCGCUGGCUCCCGCUCUUCUACGUCCCUUCCCUCGUCGUCCUCCCCCUCGCCGUCAGGGACAUCCCCGCCGCCUCCGGCCUCAAGAUCGGCCUAAUCACAUUUGGAGGUUGGUUUGCUUCGCUGACGGUGGCCGGAUACACGGCGCUGGCGGUGAGGAAGGUCGUCAAGACGGAGCUCAUCGCGGCGGAGCCCAUGAGCAAGCCGUCCGCAUUCGCGACGCUCGAGUUCUGGGCGUGGGGCGCCGUCUUCGUGGCCUCGUUCGCCACGGCGUUCGUGAACCCCACGGCGCUUGGCACCACGGCCAGGACCUGCCUGCCUUUCCUGCUCGCUUCCACUGUGCUGGGAUACAUGGUUGGUUCUGGGUUGCCGUCUGGUGUGAAGAAAGUGCUGCACCCAAUCAUCUGCUGCGCGCUUUCUGCUGAUUUGGCGGCAGUGGCGUAUGGCUACCUCUCCGGCUCUGGAAUUGACGCUGCACUAGGUGAUUACCUGACAAAAGUGCCAUCUAAUCCUGGAGCCGGUGACGUCCUCAUGGGUUUUCUCGGCUCUGUCAUCAUAUCAUUCGCCUUCUCAAUGUUUAAGCAGAGAAAGCUCGUGAAGAGGCACGCGGCAGAGAUCUUCACCUCGAUCGCCAUCGCGUCAACCUUCUCCUUGUACUCGACGGCCAUCCUGGGACGGCUGAUUGGGCUGGAGCCCACACUGACCAUAUCGAUACUUCCCAGGUGCAUAACCGUGGCGUUGGCGCUGAGCAUCGUGUCUUUCUUCGAAGGAGCGAACACUUCGCUGACGGCAGCCGUGGUUGUUCUGACGGGCCUGAUCGGCGCCAACUUCGUGCAGGCGGCCAUGGAUAAGCUCGGGCUCAACGACCCCAUCGCCAGAGGAAUCGGAACUGCUUCCAGUGCUCAUGGUCUGGGAACGGCGGCGCUGUCAGCGAAAGAGCCAGAAGCGCUGCCGUUCUGCGCCAUCGCCUACGCGCUCACCGGCAUCUUCGGCUCCCUCAUUUGCUCCUCUUCGGCUGUCAGGCAAAGCCUUGUCUUCAUAGCCGGCUGACACAUUAUUGACCCACGGGGUUCUUUCUUUUCGUUUCUUUUUUUAUAAAAGGAAAGAGAGAGAAAACGGCAAACUUUGCUCGGAGAAGAAGAAGCUGAAGUGCAGAUUUUUGGGCCAAUGUCAACAUGGGAUAGAUCGAUGCUUGAAGCAAGACAUGUAUAGAAAGGUGUGAAUGGCUCGUGUACUACCUACCUGUAAAUGUUUAAAAAUUAAUAAGACGACAUCAAUCAAUACAA